ACGUGUAUACCAAACACAGAAGCCUUCCAAAUCCACCUGCAUUUAUAAUUUCAAAAACCACCAUUAAUUCACCCUCAUCCCAACCUUCGCCUCCCAGAUUCUCUCUCAUUAAUUCAUCCUCAUCCCUUCAAUUCUAUAUAUAUAAUUUCCUCACUGUAAACAAUCCCAAUUUUUAUCACUGUCAAAAAAAAAAAAAUCAAAAAUGGCGACCAUGGCUUCUGCCCUAGCCUCAAAACCCUCAUUUUUCGACACCCACAAAACUUCCUUCAACGGCCAGCCCAUCUCCCCUGCAGUUCGCCGCCGCCGCCAGGCAACCCGAUCCGCCAAACCAAAUGGGUCGCCCAUAUCCAUGUCGUCGGCUUCUUCUCCUCCGGGUUACGAUCUGAAUCAGUUCAGAUUUGCUCCGAUUAAGGAAUCGAUCGUUUCUCGGGAGAUGACGAGGAGGUACAUGACGGACAUGAUUACUUAUGCCGACACCGAUGUUGUCGUUGUCGGGGCUGGAUCCGCCGGACUCUCCUGCGCUUAUGAGCUCAGCAAAAACCCUUCUGUUCGGGUUGCGAUAAUCGAGCAGUCGGUGAGCCCAGGUGGCGGAGCAUGGCUAGGAGGGCAGCUCUUCUCCGCCAUGGUGGUGCGCAAACCCGCCCACCUCUUCCUAGACGAGCUCGGCUUGGAAUACGACGAGCAGGACAACUACGUGGUGAUCAAGCAUGCGGCCCUCUUCACCUCCACGAUCAUGAGCAAGCUCCUGGCCAGGCCGAAUGUGAAGCUCUUCAAUGCCGUGGCGGCCGAAGAUCUGAUAGUGAAGGGAGGCAGGGUCGCCGGAGUUGUGACCAACUGGGCUCUCGUGUCGAUGAACCACGACACUCAGUCUUGCAUGGACCCCAAUGUCAUGGAGGCAAAGGUGGUGGUGAGCUCGUGCGGGCACGAUGGCCCGUUCGGUGCUACGGGUGUGAAGAGGUUGAAGAGUAUUGGAAUGAUCGAUAGUGUUCCUGGUAUGAAGGCGUUGGAUAUGAAUACGGCCGAGGAUGCUAUUGUUAGGCUUACCCGAGAAAUUGUGCCCGGGAUGAUUGUCACCGGCAUGGAGGUUGCAGAAAUUGAUGGAGCUCCAAGAAUGGGCCCCACGUUCGGAGCGAUGAUGAUAUCGGGUCAGAAGGCGGCUCACAUUGCGUUGCAGUCACUGGGGUUGGCUAAUAAUGUAGGAAGCAUCCACCCGGAGAUGGUCUUAGCUGCGGUUGAUGAUGCUGAAAUUCUCGAUGCUUGAACGGAAUAAGGAAUUAAAUGUGAUUGAGGUAGAACGAAAUAAAAUUUAAGCCUUUCGUUUGCUAGAUAUCGAUGUGGUGCUCCUUAAUUGGAGUAUGUUUCUGUGUAAGAACCUAUCUGGUUGGGCUUUUUUCCUGGUUUGUCUUCAAAAACUACCA